GCGGAAUACCAUCCACUUCAGCAGCUUACAACAUAACCAACUAACUAGCUGAAUUUGUAAAAAAUUCGCCGAAGACAGUCUAAACGACGCAAACAAUAAUCGAUUGCUUUCGCAAAGGGAAGUGUCAAAUAAAAAGCAAGCAUGUCAAAGAUAGACAAGAUGAGCAUCCUUGGGGUGAGGAGUUUUGGGAUCGAGGACAAAGACAAACAGAUCAUCUCUUUCUUCAGCCCACUGACUGUCCUAGUAGGACCCAAUGGAGCAGGGAAAACGACCAUCAUUGAGUGCUUAAAGUAUGCGACAUCAGGGGAGCUUCCCCCUGGAGCCAAAGGAGGUGCUUUUGUUCACGAUCCAAAGGAUGUACACGAGACUGACGUGCGAGCGCAGAUCAGGCUGGUCUUCACAGAUGUCAAUGGGGAGAAAGUGGCCAUUCAGCGCUCUAUGUCCUGCACUCAGAAGGCAAAGAAUUAUUCCUUCAAAUCCUUAGAGGGGGUCAUCACCAGGGUUAGAAAUGGUGAAAAAGUGAGUCUGUCAUCUAAGUGUGGCGAGCUGGAUCGGGAGAUGAUUUCUGGACUGGGUGUUUCCAAGCCAGUGUUGAACAACGUCAUCUUCUGCCACCAGGAAGAGUCCAAUUGGCCGCUCAGCGAAGGCAGAGCGCUUAAAGAGAAGUUUGACUCCAUCUUUGCUGCUACAAAGUAUAUCAAGGCCCUGGAGACAAUGCGGCAGCUGCGCCUGAAGCAGGGCCACACAGUCAGAGAGUGUCAGGUAGAGCUUCGCUACCUGAGUCAGAUCAAGGAAAAGUCUCAACAGAUCAAAGACUUACUGGCCACCAAAGAGUCUCAGCUGGUUGCCUCCAAAGACAGCGUCCAGCAGAUAGAGAGCCAGAUCGAGCCACUCGAGAAUCGACAGAUGGACAUUGACGACAAACUUGGUAAGGUGCUGAGGUUGGACAAUGAUAUCAAAGCUCUGGACAGCAGGAAGAAACAAAUGGAGGAGGAUAACCGUGAGCUGGAGCAAACAAUGGAACAGGUAUUUCAGGGUUCCGAUGAGCAGCUCCAGGAGAUGUAUCAGAACCACCAGUGGACUGUAAAGGAAAAGGAGAGGAAGCUAACUGAAAGCCAGAGGGAGUUGGACCGUGCCAGCCGUGAGUGUCAGAGACUCAAUCGGCUCAAAUCCGAUCUCCUGGUAGAGCAAGGUCGUCUCCAGCUGGAGGCUGAUCGCCACAUUGAGAAUACCAAGAACCGUGAUGCUGAGGUGCGCUCCCUGUCAUCUUAUUUGGAGUUGGAGGGUUAUGACCGGACACCAUUUACUCGGCUACAGCUACAGAGCUUUCAUCGCCAGGUCACAGAGAGGCUGGACCAGGAGAAAGAGACAACCAAUCAAAUGAUGGCAGACCUGCAGGAAAAGGAGCACCAGAAGCAACAGUCUAUUGAUGAGAUGAGAGAUAAGAAGGCUGGCCUGGAGAGAACAGUGGAGCUGAAGAGAGAUCUGCAGGAGAAGAAACAGCAGGAAUUGCGGAACAUCAGGGCUGAGCUAGAGAGGCUGGAGGGGUCUUCUAGCAGGCUCCAGGAGCUGGGGAAUGAGCUGGUUAAGGCGGAGCGUGAAUUGCAGCGGGCGGUGGAGAGCUCCUGUGUAGAGGAGCUGAAGGUGGAGCUGGAGCAGCUCCAGAGAGAGAGGGUAGAGCUGGACCGGAUGCAGAGACAGCUAGACCAGGAGAUGGAGACUCUAAACACACACACUACUGCCCGCACGCAAAUGGACAUGCUGAAAAAAGACAAGGCUGAGAAAGAGGAGCAGGUACGAAGGAUCAAGUCUCGCCACAAUGAAGAUCUGCAGUCUUUGCUUGGCCAUUUUCCCAACAAGAGAGAAUUGGAGGACUGGAUCUACGCCAAGUCCAAAGAGAUCAACGCCACGCGGGAUAAACUCACCAAACUCAAUAAAGAUCUCGCAUCCAGUGAACAGAAUAAGAACCAUAUUGCUGCAGAGCUGCGUAAGAAGGAGCAGCAGUUUGCUGACGACCAAGAGAAGUUCUUCAACAUUUGUGGCAGUCAAGAUUUGGAGCAGGACCUGGGAAAGUUGCAGGAAGAACUGGAGAAGACCUCCAAACAAAGAGCCAUGCUAGCCGGAGCGACAGCAGUGUACACGCAGUUUAUCAGCCAGCUGACAGAGGAACAGGAGCCCUGCUGCCCUGUGUGUCAGCGAACCUUCCCCUCUGAGUCAGACCUGCAGGAAGUCAUCAGCGACAUGCAGUCCAAACUGCGUCUGGUUCCAGACAAACUGAAGAACACCGAGCAGGACCUUAGGAGGAAGGAAAGGAGGAGGGAUGAGAUGAUGUCUCUCCGACCUGUCAAGAAGUCCAUAACAGAGCUGCAGGAGAAGGAGCUGCCUGAGCGGAGGAACCACCUACAGGUGGUCAAUAGAGACAUCGAGAGGCUGAAGGGAGACAUAGAGGAGCAAGAGACCCUGCUCGCCACCCUGGUGUCUGAGGAGGACAUGGCAAAGGCCUGCCUGCCGGACAUCUCUCUCAUGGACAGAUACCUGAUGGACUUAAAGGAGGUGGAGAGAAAAAUAGCCCAGCAGGCAGCAAAACUCCAGGGAGUGGACCUUACCAGAACCAUACAACAAGUCAACCUGGAGAAACAGGAAACCCAGCACCGGCUAGAUACCACUUCCAGUAAGAUGGAGCUGAAGCGUAAGUUGAUCCAGGACCAGCUAGACCAGAUCCAGAUCCUGAAGAGCACUGUGAAUGAGACACGGGCAGAGAAGCUCCAACUCAGUAGCGACAUGCAGAAGCAGCAGCAGCUGGAGGAACAGCUUGUAGAGGUUAUCACAGAGAUACAGGCCCUAACCAGGGAGAUCCAGGAAGCAAAGGAGCAGCUGUCCCCCCUUGCUGUAGCACUGGAGAGGCUAAAGAAGGAAAAGCAGGAGCUGGUGGAGCGCAGGAGGCAGAAGCAGGAAGAGGGACAUGAAAAGAUUAACGCCAUUAAAGACAAGAUGAAGAGCAUCACCACUCUGGAAAAAGACAUCGCCAAAUACAUUGAGGAGGGAAAGGAGGAGUACAAAGAGCAAAAAGAAUGUGAGCUUCAAGAAACUAAUAUCCAGCUCCAUGAGGCGGAGAAGCAACGAGAGAAAAUCAACAAGGACAUGGGAAACAUCCGCCAAGACAUUGACACUCAGAAGGUCCAGGAGCGCUGGUUACAGGACAACCUGACCUUGAGGAAGCGUGUUGUAGAGUUGGAAGAAGUGACAGCUAAACGGCAGGCUCUUUUGAAAGACAUGGGCAACAUGCAAGUCAUGCAACUACGCCAAGAGAGACGUGAUGUUGAGCGCACCCUAGAGGACCUCAAGAAGAACCGUAGCAUCGCACUGGGUCGUCAGAAGGGUUUCGAGGAAGAGAUCCUCCACUGCAGAAAAGAGCUGAGAGAAGAUCAGUACAGCAAAGCUGAUGAGCACUACAGAGACAAGAUGAUCAAAAUGAGGACCACUGAACUGGUCAACAAAGAUCUUGACCUCUAUUACAAGGCCCUUGAUCAGACCAUCAUGAAGUUCCACAGUAUGAAGAUGGAUGAGAUCAACAAGAUCAUCAGAGACCUGUGGCGCAGCACCUACAGGGGUCAAGACAUAGAAUAUGUGGAGAUCAGGUCAGACGUGGAUGAAAACUCUUCAGCAGAGAUGAAGAGGAGGACUUAUAAUUAUAGGGUGGUCAUGGUGAAGGGAGACACCUUUCUGGACAUGAGGGGGCGCUGCAGCGCUGGACAGAAGGUGCUGGCAUCUCUCAUCAUCCGUCUUGCCUUGGCAGAGACCUUCUGUCUGAACUGUGGAAUCCUAGCGCUGGAUGAGCCCACAACCAACCUGGACCGGGAGAACAUUGAGUCUUUGGCCCAUGCUCUGGUCGAGAUCAUCAAGAGCCGUUCCCGCCAGCGCAACUUCCAGUUGCUGAUUAUCACCCAUGAUGAGGACUUUGUAGAGCUGCUGGGAAGGUCCAGCUAUGUGGAGCACUUUUACCGCAUCCGUAAGAACCAGGACCAGAACUCAGAAAUCACCAAGUGCAGCAUCAACACCCUCUCCUCUUACCUCCACUAAGGCAGGGGGCAGACUCUUUAAAUGAAAAAUUUCUUUGCAGAAGAUAGGGGGAAGCAGUCAGCCUGCCCUCCACAGCCUUGUGUUGACAUGAUUGUAGUGAUGAGGUGGUGUUCUUAUUGUCAUAUUUCACAGUGACUCAAUAAGAAGAAAUCGACUUCCUGAAUUGAUGGAUUUCUCCAUGAAUCGAAUGCAAAACUGCAUAAAAGCAGUUUAAGGCCAUUCCAAAUGAAAAAUAAUUAAUUAAACAUUCAUGAUACAACUGGUAUAAUUUAUGAUCCCAUCUUUAAAACCCUGACUUGAUGCGUUCAUCUCCAAACACCACAUGCAGGUUACCAAGUCUCCUUUGUUGUCUCCUCUUCUCUGUUCAGCUAGAAUGGUGACCACCAAAGGCUCUAGACAUAUUGUAUAUGGAUUAUGUGCUUUUCAAACGCUACAGGAUGGAUAUUGGACUCCUGGUCCUCCGUUGGGACAAGACUUGCCAUAUUUUUGUUAGAAUCCUCUCUUAUACCCCAGUGAGAUUCACUAGUUAUUUUGGCAUAAUUGUCGCCAAAUAGUUACUUGUGCUGGGGUCAACUGCUGUUUCAGUUUGAAAGCUAUGGGGUCCAUUUACCGGAGCACAAGGAGAGAACACUGGAACUUCU